AUGUUGGUCAAAUACUACUACGAGUGCAGAAGAAGAACUGUGAGAAGAUCGGCUAACGAGUAUUUUUGCUUCUUGAUCAACAAUCCUCGCACGGUUUGCAGAAUUAUGUCAAUGAUGAUUUUGGUAAUAUUAUCCUCACUUAGCACAGAUUACGUACUCCAAGUAUUAAACGCACAGAAAAUCAAUCUGAAAAAUAAUGAUUUUGCCAAUCCUAGUUUACAUCUUGAUGUGGAAGCGGAGUUAUUACAAAUCAACAUGAGCCUAAAAAAUUUUAAUAAAAUUUUUCGCUUUUUCGUGUGUCAUUUGGGUUAUGUGAGUAUUUUCCUUUUUGCCAACGUUCUUCUGUUAAAGGCAACGUACAAGAGAAACCUUCAGAGUAUCAAAAUUUGGUUAUUUGUACAUAUAUCACACAUGACUUAUUCAUUAUCUAUAAAUGUUUGGAUUGGAAUAUAUAAAAAUUCUUAUUGCCUUCUAACUCUUACAGUGUUCAAUACUAUCCUUUAUCUUCUGUUCAUAUCGCUGGUGAUAUUGUUUUGGAUGAAUGAGCGCUACUUUCGUUGCGUACACGAAAGAGCUGCAGUUUUACGUCGACGACGCACGAUGGCUUUAUAA